AUGUUUUCUGCAGCUUCAGUCAGAGGAGCAAGACACAGCUCAUUCUGGCUAUACUUAGUUGAACAUGUUCCGACCAUUGCAUAUUUUCCAUCUUUUACUCCUUAUUCCAUACAUCCAAGACAUCUUUCUAAAUUAUGUUCUCCAUCAACUUUUGUUUCACACCUGGGAUCAAGUGUCAUUGGAAGCCAAGGUAAUCAGCCAAACCGCCUACCUUCCAGAUACACAAGUAAUUCAUCAGUUGAACUCAAGACCCUAAAUGAUGUUGUACGGUUCUCUCUGUAUAAGCCUGCCAAUACUAGUUCUGGAAUCAAGAGCCAGAAUCAAAAUAUGAAAAAAUCUAAAAGGGCCAAAGUGAAUGAGCUCAAAUUCUAUCGUUUGAAGGCAAAACAAAAGAUGUAUUCUCCUAAUCCACAAGUUAGAAUUCGCUAUAAGCUUGAAAAGGCCAAGCGAAAGGAAACAUGGUUGAUUGAAAAGCUUAGGAAAUUUGAUGUUCCGAAGCUCCCAGCAGAAACAUUUGAUCCUGAAAUUUUAACCGAGGAGGAGAGGCAUUUCCUGAAGCGCACUGGAGAGAAAAAGAAACACUAUGUUCCAGUUGGGAGACGAGGAGUAUUUGGUGGGGUAGUUCUAAACAUGCAUCUUCACUGGAAGAAUCAUGAGACGGUGAAGGUUAUGCAAGCCCUGCAAACCGGGUCAAGCUCAGGAAUAUGCUCAAGAGCUGGCUCGACUGAGCAAAGGCAUUGUGAUUGA